UGCGUCCACACUAAUUGCCUGUCAAAAAUCUUUCGCGAAAUUGAACGCCAAAUUAAUUUUCUUACAAUUAGAAAUUGCUUUUUCGCUGAAAGUAGACGCUUAAAAACUGGGAUAAACCCUAGUUAACCCAUUUGGGGUCUUGGACCAAGGUGUUAAGUGGUUUUCAGCAGCGGCAAGGAGCAGCGAGGCGGCGGAUCUGAAAAUUCAGCCGGCAGACGCUUUUUUGUUGGGCGAAAAUUGCAGACGUGAGCGCUUGCAGCCGAUAUGUCCAACGUGGAGAUCUACGACUCCUCCAAUUCCCAGCUCAGUAGCGACGAGUACAGCCACGAGGAGGGGGAAUACGACGCACUGAUGGACGCGGCGGUAAGCAAGGAGCGCCCCCAGACGUUGAAGACCAAAGCCACCGGAGCGGAGAAGCCCGGAAAUGCAGCUCCCGAAGUGGCUUCUACAUCCGACAAGGAUGAGAAGCCGGAGAUCAAGGCGGCACCGCCUUCCACACGCGCCGAAACCCUUCGCCGAAUCCGGCAAUUGCAGCUACAGCGUCGCGGAUGGCCCAAUCUUUACUUCAAGCGUCGCAGCAUGCGCUGGCUGCGCCCCAAUAAACUGGAGUACAACACCUAUUUGGAGGGCCUAAAGGAUCUGCUGCCCAGGCGCAAAUCAGAGCUCCAGGCUCGCUACAACGCCAGGAAGCGCCGGACCUACGACAGCAGGACCCCCAGUCGUAGUCGCAGUCGCAGCCACAGCCCCAGUCGGAGUCGCAGUCGCAGUCGUAGCCGUAGUCGCAGCUAUUCGCGUAGUCGUAGUGCCAGUCGGUCGCCGGAACUAAUUUGUCUCGAUGACACGGAGAACGAGGAAUCCCCGGAGAAACCCGAUUCCGAUCAGCAGGCCAGUGUUACGCCUGUCAAGGAAAAUAAGCCUAAACUUGCGCCCGCUCCUCAAAUCAACUUUGAAAUUCCGGAGAAGAAGCCGCCGGCAAACAACGAAAACGGUUCCUUUAUCCUCGACGAGUUCUUGAUACAGAAGAACCCUCAGCAGCCUGGCUUUGACUUUGACAAGCUUUCGGCGACCAUGGAGUUGGAGCAGGCUCUAAAUGAUCAGACCCUUGUGCAACAGGAGGUGGUACUGGAAGUGGCCGAAUCCCUAGUAGUUGAAUCCACUCUCAAGAGACGGCGCUCGGUGACACCGCCCUCAAGCAUCGAGAAGUGCACUAAUCUAGAUGCGGAUGAUGAUGAUGAUGAUACGAUUGAAUUUAUGCAGGUGCAGGAAAACAAACCAGUGAAUACAACAAUACCCUUAGAUCUCCAAAUGCCCAGCACCCCAGUUGCUAAUCCUCUUCAGGGUCAGCCUUCGUUCAAGCUCAGCACACCGUAUUCCCUGGCUCCGCCUGCGACCAAGCCGGCUGAUAAUUCGACGCCCGUCUCCUACAGUUUAAAUACUCCUACACCGCCGGCUACGCCCAUGGAGAUAACCUAUCCCAACGAGAAGCUGCCAAAUAACACAAAAGUCAACACGCAGAACUAUUCAAUUCAACAGGCAGCUUCACCCCAAGUGUCUGCUUUGUAUGCUGCUAUUCCACAAGUGGCUGCUAUCGCAAAGAAACCUCCAGUUCAGGCUGCUCCACUAAGGGCAGUUCCACUGGAAAAGCCUCUGACACCAGUACAUCAAGCUCCUUUGCACCAAAUGGCUCAACUAAGAUCAGCGGCUUUGCAGCAGAUGGCUCCACCACAGCAGCUCGCUCCACCAAGAUUUGACCUACCACAGCAGCAAGCUCUACCAAGAUCAGUUCCGCCACAUCAGCCAGCUCCGCCACAACAACAGCUUCCUCCUCAGCAGCAAGCCCAACCAAGAUCAGCUCCGGCACAGCAAUUGGGUAUACCAAGGGAAGCUCUGCCGCAGCAGAUAAUUCCACCAAUAGAAGCUCCACCACAGCAGUUUGAACAACCAAGGGAGACUCCACCGCAGCAGUUGGCUCCACCACAGCAGUUUAACCAAAUGCCGGCCCAAGUGCAACUCAACUUGCCUCCAGAUGUUCCACCCAGCUUUGCGGUUCCCCAGCAGCCGCAACCACGUCGCUCGGAGACGGUGUCCACCCAGACGCAGGGGUCGCAAUCACCGCAGCCCUCUUCUUCGACAACCCGCCAAAAGCCCACCAUUGAUCUCAACAACAGUGACGCCAAUUUCCAUUAUCGCGUCAAGGAACUAUUCGAUGAAAUAGACUCCAUCAUGACGGAUAAGGUUAAAUCGGUCCGCCCAGAUCAGAAUUCUCUGAGCGCAGAACGGGAGCGCAUUGAUGCGGAUCUAAAAACAAUAGACAAUCUGAUAGCCCAAAAAGAGGAGGAAUACAAUCGACUGCUUCAUCUUCGUUGCGUGAAGGAGGAGCUGCGUUCGCGAUUGGAACGAAAGGAGCGCAUGACGGUCAUAAAGGACCUACUGCCGCUUCUUCUCACAAAAAGCUGUAGCACUGACGAGCUGCGCGAGAUGCAGGCGAUGCUCGAUGAAGAGCAGCAAUCUCCAAUGACUUCUAAACGUGGCCUGUCGGCGGUGGAGCAAUGCCUAAAUUAUGCCGAACUCAACCAGAACAACAUCCGUGUGCUGCGCGGAGUUAUGGGCUUGAAGGAACAAGCUCCACCUGUAUCUCUUCGCCAUUUCGAGGACGAACGUAAGCAAUUCAGAAGGAGUUCCAUGUCCACGCGCGAUCCUCGGGAUACGUUAAAUACAAAUGCUCCGCUGGCUAAGAGGCAAAAGUUAUUGCAUCCACAGGACAGAUAUCAGGAGAUGACCAACUCCACGCCAAAUCUGGCUACCACAUCCUCAUCCUUCUACCACGAGGCUCCGGGAAAACCUUCCCCUUACACUAACAUCUCAAUGGACAAUCAUUUCGAUAUUGACUCACAACUCAAACCGCUGUUCAACAGCAGUCCCAUGGCCUCCCAGCGUCAGCCAGCUAAUAGACAGUACCACGAAUCACAUUCCGCUUACCGUAACGACGAAGAAAUGGCCGAGAUACAGUCCAAGUCAGACAAGAUCAAAUCGCUGGGCCUAAAGAGCAACAAAAAGUCUAAUCGUGAUUUAUCCGCGCCCAUCAAUGGCAAAGAGGAUAGGCGCUGCCACGAAUGCAAGCGCCAUGAAGCCACCUACAUGUGCUCCAGUUGCCAAAAUCAAUGGUACUGCAGUCGUGAUUGCCAGCUUCGCGCCUGGGACUCACAUUAUCGAACUUGUGGCAUCGAUGUGGAUCGCCCUUAGGAUAUCAGCAUUACUAUGUUUAUAAACUAUAACUAUACCUAUAGCGUAUCGCAUCGCAAAUGCCCUACCCCAUUUACUCAACGGCGUAAGUCUUUGACAAAUACAGGACAUUGACCGACAAUUUUAAAUUGCAUUUCAUUGAAUUAAUUUUUGUAUUUGUACUCAAUCACGCUCAUCCUAUAAAUAAAUCAAAUACUUAACGAUUA